CCAACUUAAAAUUCAAGUAGUUGAGUCUUUCAGUUAUAAACAAAGUAUAAAAUAAUAAAUUAAUCUUUUAAAAUGAAGUUUUUUAAAUAUUUUGCAUUCCUUGCAAUUUUGAUUCUUUGCUUGACUGCAUCGAGUGAAGCCGGAUUUGGAAAGAAAUUCAAAAAAGCAAUUAAAAAAGCUGGCCACAAGAUCGAGCAUAUGGGACAGAAUGCUGCCAAUACUAUCCAUAAGACAGCAGGAGCUGUUGCCGAUGCUGGCAAAAUUGCUGCCGGUGCAGCCGUUGUCGGGGGUAUGCUGCCUUAGAAAUCAAUUAUAAUUUUAAAACAAGCAUAAAAAUCGAUGCAAAAACAUGUCAACAUAUAAACACCACAAUAUGUUCAAGAAAUAAUUUUGAAAAAUCACAUUUUUGGCGUAAUUUAAAUUAUCGAUUUAAAAAAUGGAUCAAAGAUCAAGAAAAUAAAUAAAUUUGUUGUAAAAUAGUUAAAGUAAUUAAUAUUAAAACGGAAAAUAUACUUAUA